UCCGCCCGCCCGCUUGUCCAUCCACUUGUCCGCUUGUCCAUCCGCCCUCCCGCUCGUCCACCCGCCGCUCAUCCAUCUGCCCUCCUGCUCUUCAUCUGCUCGCGUGCCUGUGUCUGCACUUCUCGGGUGCGUCUGCGUGCCGGGCAUUUGCCCAGCACGCUCGCGGUGGGCAUGUGCCGUCGCCUGCCCACUUGCCCGUCUGCUCGAUCUCCUACCUGUGUGUUCAAUCUCCAACAUGUCCGUUUGCUCACCUAUCCGCCCGUCUGCCUGUCUGCCUGCACACCAGUUCGCCUUCUCGCCCGUCCGCCUUCUCGCCCGUCCGCCUGCCUGCCCGCCUGCUCACUUGGCAACCCUCGCGUCCGUGUCCACGGUCCGCCCGUCAGCUACGUUUGUAUGCAGGACAUUAAUCCUGCGUGCUCGCGGUCCACGCGCGUGUUGUGGUGCACGUCGCCGCGUCCUGUGGUCACAGUCAGUUUGCUCGCUCGGGUGCGUCUGCACUCACCGUUGCUCGAUGCCAGCCCUUCACAACCACGCACUCGCCUUCUAUUCGUUGGCCCUAUAUGCCUCCUGUCGAUCAUGCGUGCUGUGCUCCAACAACGACGGGCGAGCACGACGGCGGCGGCGGCAACGAGCUGGCACGACGACGCCGGGGGCUACGAGCUGACACGACGAUGGGGGACCGAGUACAGUGGCACACGUGGCACCAGGCUAGGGAGAGGCCAGCACAGCGAGCACGGUGCCAGGGGCAGUGAGCACGCGAGGGAGAGAGAAGGCGCCAGCGAGGAUGACGACGGUGGCGGCGAUGAGCUGGCACAAUGUUGCGAGCGCCGGAUAGUGGCCGUGAGCUGGGGUAGGACAGGGACGACGGGGACGGCGAGCAGCGAGCGCGGCGGUGGAGGCGGCGAGCAAGGGGGGCAGAGGAGGCGCCGGCGAGCACGACGGUGAAGGCGGUGAGCAAGGAGGGGGGAGGCGCCGGUGCGCACGGGCCAGCGAACACGCUGCGGAGCGCCGGGGCCCC